UUCACAGCUCACAGGUGGAGGUGACGUAUCUGAGGAGGAGGAGGAAGGCUGGCAGAGGUCUGGACCACUGAGGGAACAGAGGCAGCAGGAAGGCUUCACUCAGAAAGCUCUAAGGUGGAGGUGACGUGUCUGAGGAGGAGGAGAAGGAGAGGAAGGUUGGCGGAGGUCAAGACCACUGAGGGAUCAGAAACAGCAGGAUGGCUUCACCCAAAAAGGACAAGAUGGGCAAAGAAAUGUUGAAAAAACACAGAUGUCAGCAAUGUGAGAAGGCUUUCCACAACCUGAAGCAACUAAGGAGUCAUCAAAAAAGUCACACUGAAGAAAGAUUGUACAGCUGUGAUCAGUGUGAGAAAACAUACAAAACAGUACGCACACUAAAUGUUCAUAAGAAAACGCACAGUGGAGAGAAACCACAUAUGUGUCAAGAGUGCGGCAGUGAAUUUAUCUCAUUGGGAAACUUAUCGACUCACAUUCAACGGUAUCACACUGGAGAGAGACCGCACCAUUGUCAGCAAUGUGACAAAGGGUUUGUCAACCGAGGAGAAUUAAAGAGUCAUCAGAAAGUUCACACUAGAGAAAAGCCAUACAGCUGUGGUGAGUGCAGCAAAAGUUUUUCAUGGGUUUCCAAUCUUGUCCGUCACCAGCGCAUCCACAGUGGGGGGAGAGUAUUCAGCUGUGAGGAGUGUGGAAGGAGUUUCACUCGGUUAGAUUCUUUAAAGGUGCACAGAAACCUCCACACAAAAGAAAUGAUUUUCUCCUGUGAGCAGUGCGGUAAAGCUUUCUCUUCAUUAACUAACCUUAUGAAGCAUGUUGUUAUGCACACUGGAGAGAAAUUGCACAGAUGUGAUCAGUGUGGGAAAACAUUCACCUCGCCGCAAUACCUGAGAGUCCACACACGUAUUCACACUGGAGAAAAACCAUACAAGUGCAGACACUGCGACAAGACUUUCAUUUCACAGACUCCCCGCAGAGUACAUGAACGCAUCCACACUGGAACAAGACCGUACAGCUGUGAGGAGUGUGGAAAGUGUUUCACUCAAUUAAGUAGUUUAAAAGUGCACAGAAACCUCCACACAAAAGAAAAGAUUUUCUCCUGUGAGCAGUGUGGGAAGGUCUUCACAUCUCAUAGGGCAUUUUAUUAUCAUAAAAGGAUCCACAGUAGAGUGAAACCCUACAAGUGCAAACAUUGUGAGAAGUCAUUCUCCACAUUAUCGUCCUGUUCAGCACACGAGCAUGUCCACAGUGCAGAGAGAGCCUACAGUUGUGGUGAGUGUGGAAAGACCUUUUCAAGGUCCAGCUACUUAAAAACCCACCAGUGUUGGCACAAGCAAGAGAGAAAAUUUAAAUGUGACCAGUGUGAGAAAGCUUUCUCACUAUUGUGUCACCUCAGGCGUCACGUCCUCACGCACACUCGAAAGAAACGGCAAUAAUGUGCCCAGUGCGGGAAGAGAUUCAAAAGGGUACAAAGUCACCGCUGUACUCUCACUGAAGAGACGAUCUGAAAGUGUAAAUGCUGUAAGCAGACCUUCACUGAGCAGUUAUGAUGUCAACAUACUCCAUCUUUCUUUUAUUAUAUAUUAUUAUAUAUUUUUAUAACUUUUACCAGAUCCAUAAGUUUUUUUUAAAAGAAAGUUUCUUUUAAACUAAUUCGUUUUUGACUUGCUAAGAAUAAAUAUAUUUUUUGUUUAUUACUAUCUGAGUUUUGGUGUGAUAAAAACAUUUUCUUGAGGUUUUCAUUAUAUGACACUUGACAUGAACUUUUCUUUGAAACAUGGAUACGAGUUGUUUUAGGCACAUUGUUCAGGCCUACAUCAUUAUUGUGUUGCUGUUGCGUUAAUAGAACUUCGUUUUGAGGCAGCUGAAGUUGCAGAUGUUGCAGACUUUGUAAAGUUACUUUGAUUUUAACAAAGUGUUACACAAACUGAGGUGUUUGUUUAAACUGUUUUUGGAGGUCCAAACAUGACCGGCCAAAGUGUUUGUUGUUGAUCCAGUAACUGAAAAUGAUUUGUUAUUAUGACUCAGAGAGGACCUAACUUCUGCUGUGAGUGACGUGGAAAUACUGACUUAAAGCUUGGAUGUUUGUCAGGGUUUUGUUAACUUAUAGCAAUGUUGAUAAUAAUAAUAAUAAUAAUGAUAAUUUUGGACCUUGUGUUUAAGUUUUUGCCUUAUUGGCUGCUGUUCAGUCAUUUCUAACAUGAACUGUUUAUCUGUUUUCAAUGAAUUGCCAAAAUAUAAAUAAACAAAUACAAUUUUUAGGAAUG